CAUCGACGUUCUGAGGGUAGUAACGUAAUUAGGCAUCUUUCUCUCGCCUAAUCCCAUGGGUAUUGGUAUCCCAAAACCUUGUAAUCAGUAUUUUCCGUUAACAGUUAAUUGCUCCAUCUGAGGAAGUAGUUGGUCUCGUUCUUCCCGGUUCCUAACAUUCCGAUUUUCAACCCAACGCCUCAGAUUCGACCACUUCUUCAUACACUUCUCGCCUUCUUUUUCCUUCUCCAUUUUUUGUUUUAUAGUAUGGGUUUUUGUUUUGUUUAGAGUUUAGAUGCUAAAUAUUUCCUUCUUCUCAAGCAUGAAGAGGCAGAAAUUCAUUGAACCCACAAACCCUUUUGAUCUGGUUUCUGAUGAAAUCGUUUUUUCCAUCCUCGACUUACUGACCUCUAAUCCAAUUGAUCUCAAAUCCUUCUCCUUAACCUGCAAGUCAUUCUACUCUGUCGAAGCAAAGCACCGCAAAAUCCUCAAACCUCUUCGUUCUGAGCAUCUUCCUUCUGUGCUUAAACGUUAUACGCAAUUAACCCAUCUUGAUUUUUCCCUCUCCCCUCGUGUCACCGAUGCCUCCUUGGCCAUCAUUUCUAAGGCCUGCAACUCUAAGCUUCGUUCUCUAGACCUUUCGAGGUCUAAAUUCUUUUCGGCUACUGGGUUGUUGAGUUUGGCUACGAAUUGUACAAAUUUGGUGGAGAUCGACUUGUCCAACGCAACGGAGCUUAGAGAUGCCGCGGCUGUGGCUUUAGCUAAAGCCAAAAAUCUUGAAAAGCUGUGGUUGGGGAGGUGUAAAUUGAUAACGGAUAUGGGGAUUGGAUGUAUUGCAGUUGGAUGCACCAAAUUGAGAUUCAUUAGUUUAAAGUGGUGUAUGAGUAUUGGAGAUUUGGGGGUCGGUUUGAUUGCUGUUAAGUGUGAACAAAUUCGUGGUUUGGAUCUCUCCUAUAUGCAGAUCACAGAAAAAUGUUUACCAUCCAUACUAAAGCUCAAGUAUCUUGAAGAUUUGGUGUUAGAGGGAUGCUUUGGCAUAGAUGACGACUGCCUUGCUGUUAUUAGAUAUGGAUGCAAGUCCUUAAAGAAACUUGAUGUAUCGAGUUGUCCGAAUAUUAGUCCUACUGGGCUAUCUUCCCUGACCCGCGCUAGUGCAUCUUUACAGCAGCUUACUUUAGCGUAUGGCUCUCCUGUGACUCUUGCUCUGGCUAAUAGUUUAAAGAACUUGUCCAUGUUACAAUCAGUCAAAUUGGAUGGCUGUGUUGUUACUUAUGAUGGACUUGAAACCAUAGGAAAUUGCUGUGUAUCACUGAGUGAACUGAGCUUAAGCAAAUGUGUUGGUGUGACUGAUGAAGGUCUCUCCUCCAUCCUGAAAAAACACAAAGAUUUGAAGAAGCUUGACAUAACUUGUUGUCGCAAGAUAACUGACGUUUCUAUUUCAAAUCUUACCAACUCUUGUACCGGCCUAACUUCUCUAAAAAUGGAGUCUUGUUCCUUGGUUAGCCGAGAAGGAUUUAUCCUGAUUGGACGAGGAUGUCAUUUACUUGAGGAGCUGGAUUUAACUGACAACGAAAUCGAUAAUGAAGGUCUGAGAUCAUUGUCUAGGUGUUCAAAGCUCUCCAUCUUAAAGCUUGGAAUUUGUCUGAAUCUUAAUGAUGAGGGACUUGGCCAUAUCGGCAUGUGCUGCUCCAAGCUUUUGGAGCUAGAUUUAUACAGGUGUGCAGGAAUUACUGAUUCUGGCCUUUUGGCAAUCAUCCAUGGUUGCCCUGAUCUUGAAAUGAUAAAUAUAGCAUAUUGUCGUGACAUCACCGACACGUCAUUUUCAACCCUUCGUAAGUGCUCGAGGCUAAAGACAAUAGAAGCUCGAGGAUGCCCACUUAUAACAUCUUCUGGCUUAGCAGAAGCUGUGGCAGGAUGCAAGUUACUGAGGAGAUUAGACUUAAAAAAGUGUUGCAAUGUUGAUGAUGCUGGCAUGAUCCCUCUUGCUCAUUUCUCUCAAAACCUCAGACAGAUAAAUUUGUCUUAUAGCUCGGUUACCGAUCUGGGACUUCUGUCUCUCGCCAGCCUUAGCUGCCUUCAGCAUUUGACUGUACUGCACACAAACAGAUUAACUCCAAGUGGAGUUGCAGCUGCCUUGUUGGCAAAUAGUUCGCUAACAAAAGUGAAGCUCCAUGCAUUGUUUCAAGCUCUGCUACCUGAACGUCUUCUUAAACACUUGGAAGUCCGGGGAUGCACGUUCGAAUGGAGAGAGAAAAUAUUUCAGGCUGAGUUGGACCCUAAGUGCUGGAAAAUGCAGUUGGAAGAUGAGAUGCAAAUUGUCGUCUAGGAUGAAGCUACCUACCUGCUAUGUAUAAAGAUUUUUGAAGAAUUUGUGGAUGCCUCUGUUUUUGGUGAAUUCAAAAUUUUCAUUGGCUCUUCUCCAAAUGUGAUGCUUUUCUCUCUCCUAGUUUGAAGUUUAGACUAAGAGUGAAGAUGUGUUAAUACUGUUUCAUUUUGCAAAGUUUGAAAAUGAGGGAACAUGGGUCCAAACAAAUUCAAAAACUGGAUGGACCCACUGAAAAAACAACUCUGAAAAAGCAGUGGGCUAUUGUAAGGCCCAAAAGAAAAUUGGAUCAACGGAGUCCAUAAACUUAGUACCUUUUUUGCCUUAAAUGGAGAUGUAAUGCUGAAGCAGCUCUCGAAAUUGAAAUGAAGACUUCUGUCGUUGUCACUC